GACGACUUCUCAUCUCGACGCGUUAUCUCUCUUUCGACAACACGGCCGUCUUGCAGCUCGACUCCCAAGCAACUCGUGCACGACACACAAAAACACGACAAUGCCCAUCUAGACAUCAACCAGGAUACGUGUAUACCCCGCCCUUGACUCUUGUAUCCCCCACUGUAGCACCUAAUCACCACCACCCACCAUCACCAUGUCCUUUCUCUUCCCCUCAUGGGCCACAGCCUUCUCGGAAGGCUUCUACGACGACGCCAAGGCGAUGCUCGAGACAGCUUUGAACAAGGGCAACAAGCCGCCCGUGAUCCAGGGCCGUAUCGAAGUCGUCGACCUCAACAUGGGCAAGGAGCCCCCGACCCUCACGCUGCUCGAGAUUGGAGACCUCUCACUCGACCGCUUCCGCGGUAUCCUGCGACUAGGAUACCAGGGCGACGCGUGGAUCGAGGUGCGCUGCCGCGUUCAGGCCAACCCGCUAUCGCAUAACCCGAACCUGCUCCCAUCGUCGACGCUGCCCAUCUCAACACCGCUGCUCGCGUCCCAGCCCCUGCUGGUACCAAUGACGCUGCGGCUGUCCAAGCUGCACCUGCGCGCGAUCCUCAUCCUUGUCGUGUCCGCCUCGAAGGGCAUCACGCUCGUGUUCAAAAAUGACCCCUUGCAAAAUGUCGACGUCAGCAGCACGUUUGACAGCGUCGAGGUGAUUCGUGGUUACUUGCAGCAAGAGAUUGAGGGCCAGCUGCGCGAAAUGUUCCGCGAAGACCUGCCGGGUAUCAUCCACCGCCUGUCCCAACGCUGGUUUACCGACUCGAAGACGGCGGGGCACGUCGAGACGCCGUACCGCGAGCCCGAGGCCGCUAAUGCCAGCUACGACGACGACCAGAUGGACGAGUACGACCCGACGUCGGCAGGCACGGAUGUCUUUGGCCCUUCGUCGGCACCCACGACACACUCGACGCCAAGACGGCGCGCGCUGCAUCGCGCCUCGAGCCUCAAGGGGCGCGCGGGGGCGGCCAGCUCGUCCGGCCUGUCCGAGUCGCCGACGAGCUAUACCGUCUUUCCCGAUAUCGAGAACUACGACCCCACGUACGGGCUGCGGCCGGAGGGACUGCCCACGCAUUCGGGCUACGAGGCCUUCGGGCGGCUGUGGGAGAAGAAUCGGAGCGGCGGCGGGCGCGGCCUCGGCAGCUUGAUGGACGGCGGAGGACCGCUCGACUCUCACCGCGGAGGAGGGGACGAGGAGGCGAUCGAGGAGGAGUCCGAGACGGACGAGUACGAGCCUGGAGACGUCGACGACGAGGACGGACGCCCCUUCGACAUGUCGGCGGAUAUGGACGAGCACGGGUAUCCGCACCACCUCAACGGGCACGCCACGCCACCACGGCACGGGCACUCAACCCCACCACGCGUCAUGUCGCCGACCGAGUGGGAGAGCUUCCCAGCCAUUGGGGGCGGGUACAUCACCCGCCCGCGCGUGUACCAUGCCCAGUCGCAGAUUCGCGCGCCGUCCGAGGCUGGCGGCGCGAUGCCCAGUCCUGCAGGUACGGCCGGCACGGCAACUGGCGGGUCGGUCACCGCGCGCGCGAGCUCGAUUGGCGGCGCGUCGACAAUAGGGAGCAUCCGUGGCCGGCCGGCGCAGAGCACCGUGGGGCUGGGGUACGGCGGCAAUGGGCCAGUGCUCGGCCCGAGCCUGCGUCGUGCGGCGACGUCCCACUCGGAUCUCCUGGGCUCGCGUUCGCGCGCCGACUCGCUCGCGACGUUUGCACUACAGCACUCGCAUGCGCUGGCGCACGGCGCGGCACCCACCCCACAGUCGCCGAUGCGCAGCCAGUCUGCGCGGGGCCACGCACGAAGGCCGCCGAGCCCCGGCGGGCGCGCGAGCACGCACGUGUCCCGUGCGAGCUGGGACCAAUCCCGAGGGGGUCCCGAGCGCACGCUGUCGCCACCACCUGUGCGGGCGCCCGCGCCGCGCCCGGUUUCGAUGGACGCUGGGGCGCGGUUACGCUCUGCGACAGAUCCUAUGCCGCCGCAGAUCCGGCACCCGCCACGCGACCGCGCGCCGUCGUUCGGUACCGUGGCAAGCCGUGCCGGCCUGGGGGCAAUCACGCUGCCGCUUAACAACUCGGUGUCGCAGCUGGCAACGCUCAGCCUCUCGGCCAACACGCUGAGCCCGUACGCCCGCGCACACGAGCACAUUGCCGUGCGCAGCUUUCCCCACCUGGGGAGGGGAGCGCCUGGUGCCGCGCCGUCUGGGCCAGCGACGUCGGCAGCGAUCGAGGCGGGCAACGUCAAGGCUAGGCGGAAGCGUAUCUUCCGCGUCGGUUCGUCCAAGCCGCCCAGUCGGGAGGCGAGCCUGUCCCCCGAAGUGGACGAGCGCACGCCCUCGCUCGACUGGGACGAGGAGACGCGGCAUGCCAGCUCGUCGAGCGAGAGUGUCAGUCGCGCGGCGUGGCGCGCGAGCCACAGUGUGCAUAGUGCGCCGAAUGGGCGCCCGGCAGUCGGACGCGCCAGCUCGCGCGGGUCGUACGGCUUCCCCAAGAUCCCAGAGUAGGCGCGGCGUCGGCAUCGCGGCGCGGCGCGGUUGGCCUUUUACCACUCAUCUCUCGUAUCACUUCACCACUUCAUUGUAUCCUGCAUCAUUCAUUGCUACUCUAUAUUGAUCACAUGCAUCGUUGGCUUCCCGAG